AUGGCGGCGGUACGGCCAGAUGAGAAUCAAGGGCCUACUAUUCUGGGGGCCACUUUGUCGGUUUUCACCCUGGCGGUGAUAACCACGAUAGCGAGACUCUAUGUUCGCAUUUGGAUGAUUCGCAAUGUGGGGUGGGAUGAUUAUACUAUGAUUCUGUCAAUGGUCUUAUGCAUUGCAGGCCAAUGCGUAAUCAUACCGCAGGUCUACUAUGGCGCAGGUCGACACAUCGAAUACAUUGACCCCAAAAACUUUUCACAAGCAAUGAAGUUAAACUUUAUAUCGCAGCCGAUAUAUCUCUUCGCCAUCUGCUUUGUCAAAAUUUCUGUGGGCUUCUUCCUCUUGAGAAUUGCAGUCAGACCCUUUUUCCGGCGUCUCAUCAUGGGAAUCAUGAUCUUCAUGGGCAUCUACACAUUCGGCUGCGUUCUAACCGUCUUCUUGCAAUGUAGCGAUGUCCGCAUGAUGUGGGAUCUAACAGUAAAAGGCACAUGUUGGACCGUAACGCAAAUCAAGAUCCUCGGAUACCUCAACACCGUCCUCAACAUGAUUACCGAUCUGGCCUUCUCCAUCGGCAUACCCAUCCCAAUGCUCUGGGGCGUGCAAAUGAAUCGGCGCCACAAAGCCUCCCUAAUCUGCAUCCUCGGCCUCGGCCUCUUCGCCACGGCCGCCUCAAUGAUCAAGCUCUCCUACAUCGGUAACUACGGGCGCGCAGGCGACCUAAUGUGGGACUCACGCAACCUCACCAUCUGGACAGUGCAAGAAUGCAACGUCGGCAUGGUCGCCGGCAACUUGCCCUGCCUCAAACCCCUCUUCCGCUCCAUCCUCGUCUCCACCUACGGCAAAGGCUCCCACAAGACAACCCAGCCAAAAUACUUCUCUGAUGCGUAUGCGGCAGGGACUAAGGAACGCUCGACGAACAAAAGCUACGGACCCCUGGGUUCACCUAAGGUUGAUCACGGCUUCUUCGACGGCAGAGACGCACCUGCGCAUGCUGCCAUGGGCGACGGGAAAUCCUACAUGCUUACCACCAUCGACGCAACCCACGUGCCGCACCAAACAACCAGAGAUACCGCUGCCCCCUCUGUCAACUCCUCAGGCAGAAGCUCCCCCGCUGCGCUUGGCGCUGGCGAUGCGCGAAGUAGCACAGAGAGUGUUGCGCGGCUGCAUCGCCAUACAUCUCUGCAUGGCCGCGCCGGCGGCGCGCAUGAGUUGGGGAAUAUUACAGUGACGACGGAGGUUGAUGUUAGUGAAUCUGUGAGGUCACCGUUUCAGGAUCCGAAGAUGGGGGGGAGGGUGAGGGAUAUGUUGUAA